CAGUGUCUACACUCAAUAGCCCUCUGUAUGUAGACACAGAAUAGGGACUGUACAGCCUCUCUCCUCCCUGCCUCCCUUCCCUUCUCUCCUUUUUUUUUUUUUUUUUUACUCUCACUGACAAGUGCAUAUCCCCUGACAGAGACCCUGACGUCACAGGUGGCUAAAUGAGCCUCCCUCCAGUGCUUUAUUCAGCAAGAUCAGUUUUUGGAGUUGGAAGUUGAGGUGGGGGUGGGCGGUGGCAGGUGGCCUGAGGCAUCAGGUGUGCUUGCAGAGAGAAAGAGGAGAAGAGGAGCCGCAACCAGAUGAAUGAGCUCCGUAGCCGUGGACAUGUGAUAAGGGGAGCGCGGGACUGUGCUGGUUCUAUAACAGCAUGUGUUAUGUCAAGAUCAGACAUAAGAAGAGCUGCAGGAGGGAGAUCGUGGAUGCAAAGGAAGGAACACGAUGCUGCUGGACAAGAAACACGGCCUUUAGUUUCUCUUUUCAUUCAUGAAUGAAGGUGGUCCUUCAUUCUGCUGGACCAUGGCUGGCAAGAAAGGGAGGCAGUGGAGGUCUAUGUGCAAAGGCCUGGUCCUGGGUACCCUCCUGACCAGCUGCAUGAUCCUGCUUUACUGCCUCUCCACCCCACAGGUCCACUUUAGUCUGCCUGAGGUCCCAGUGCCUUACUCAUGUGCCCACCGCCCGUCCCAGAUCCACCCUAAACCAGCCACAAACAGCUCACAACAAACCACCGGCCAGACCUGCACUCCGAAAGUGGAUAUCAUGUUCAUGAAGACCCACAAAACAGCCAGCAGCACCUUCCUCAACAUCCUUUUCCGCUUUGGCGAGAAGCACCGGCUCAAAUUUGCCUUCCCUGACAGCAGAAAUGACUUCUUCUAUCCCUCUCUCUUCCAGCGCUCCCAGGUUAAAGACUACAGACCUGGAAUGUGCUUCAAUGUUAUCUGUAAUCACAUGCGCUUCAACGCACCUGAGGUGGCCAAGCUGCUUCCUAUGGACACCUCCUACAUCACCAUCCUAAGAGACCCCGCAGAGCUUUUUGAGUCCUCCUUCCACUACUUUGGCCGGCUGGUGCCUUUUACCUGGAAGAUACCAGGUGAUGACAAGCUGACUGAAUUUCUGCGUGACCCUCAUUACUACUUUGACGCCGGCUUCAACUCUUUCUACCUCAAGAAUCUGCUGUUCUUUGACUUUGGACAGGACAACACUCUGGAGCUGGAUGAUCCGCGGGUGGAGGAGGGAGUGAAGUUCAUAGCUGACCGUUUUCAGCUGGUCAUGUUGGUGGAGUACUUUGAGGAAUCACUCAUCCUGCUGAAGGAUGCCCUCUGCUGGGAGAUGGACGACUUGCUCUUCUUCAAACUCAACGCCCGCAAGGGAUCCACUGUGUCCAAACUGACCCCUGAGCUGAGGGCCAGGGCGCUUGAGUGGAACGCUAUAGACUGGAAGCUAUACCAGCAUUUCAACAAGACUUUCUGGAGGAAAGUGGAUGCCUACGGACUGAAGCGGAUGGCUGAGGAUGUGGCAGAGCUCAGGAGAAGGAACGCGGAGAUGGCAUCCAUCUGCAUUGAGGGGGGUCGUGCUGUAGAGGCUGGCAGCAUCCAAGAGACGGCCAUGCAGCCCUGGCAGCCAAUCGGGGAGAAGUCCAUCAUGGGUUAUAACCUGAAGAAGAAUGUGGACAAGGCGCAUCGGAAGUUGUGCCGUAAGAUGUUGACGCCGGAGCUUCAGUACUUAACAGAACUCGGGGUCAACCUGUGGAUCACCAGGCUGUGGGGCCAUGUCCGAGACAUCAUUAACUGGUGACUAGACUUGUGAGCGAGAGGGGCCAAUUCAACUCCGACAGACUGUAUUAAAAGAUGUCUGACUGUGCGGCUGAUAGCGUGAAAGGUUCAAGGUUUCUGUCAAUCCUAUGACUCAUUUUGUUGAAGUAUCCACGUUGACUUGUUUGCAUUGUGCGCUGUCAUGUAUCUGAUGGGUGCUUGAGAAAAAAAAAAACACUUUAAACCUCACAAUCUAAGAAUACUGAACAAGUUUACCAGAAGCAAAUGAGUCUGAGUAUUGUUGUCUAUGUGAGCUGAUGGUGUUGAUGAGUGAACCAGCAAGGUUAGAACUGGUUUUAUAAGCCCUUUAAUGGAAUACAGAAAAAAAGUUGCCAUCCCUGCCAAGUUUUUAAGGUUGCUUGAAGAAUAAAUGGGACUUAACCCUGACAUAGUGUCGAUGUUCACCCUCUUAAGUUGAAAUACUUAAUUUCUUAAAAUGUGAAUCCUGACUAAAGGCUCAAACACACAUGUGAAGAUAGUGAAUGUAAGUGUUACGUCCAACUCUACUGCAAUGGAGGACAAAAUCAGACCUUAUUUAAAGGUGCACAAUGCAACUUUAUUAUGGAUCUAUGAACAAACAAAGGCGGAGCUCAUGACUUAAGGAAGAGGUUUACCAUCCACGUCUAAAGGGCGCCACACACCGCCCAGACUCGAACCAACAGCCAGCUGCCUUUUUCCAGCCACUCCGUCGCCUCUCAUCUGACCCGUUCGGCAGAAAAUUUGCAUUGAACAUACCGCUUCGCCGUGCUGCCAACAAGGAAAUGACGAAACCGAGUGCAUCAAAAAACAAAGCGUACGCAGUAUUCCACUCCUCCCACACACCACACUGAUUCGCCAACACACCGCCAAUCAGAAUGGUCAUACAGCUAGCACACAACCAAUCAGAGAAUCCAAUGGCUCAGACCGCCAACAGCCAACCUUCUCAGACUUCGCAAGUUCCAAUGCAGCUGAACACACCAAACAGUUUUGUUCACGAACUCGUCCGAGUCUCCCAAAAUGCUUCAGACUGCCAGCGGUUGGCCCGGUAUGUUUCAGGCUUUACACCUCCCGAGCAUGGGAUGUACUUUCAAUAUGUGUGAACAGUGUGUGUAUUUUGAGUUUUGUUGAAGUGAGACCAAAGAGAGCCAAUCGCCCGCCAGAGUUCCUACAGUUCAAGAAUCGAGGUAUGAAAAAAGUUGCAUAGUGCCCCUUUAAGAAGAAACAGGUGAUUGUAUACGGACCUUUUUAGACAUUUUCAUGUCGUACCAGGGAAAGCAAAGGUGCAACUAAAAACAUUAACAACCGCUCCUCUUCCAACUUCUGCAAAUCAAAUGUAGUGAUUAUCUGCUUUUCCUGACAAGACAUGAAAAAGGUCUGAUAAAUAAUAUGCAUGAUAUGAAAUGAAUUAAACAAGAAAGUUCAGCACUGUGCAAUCAAGAGGAAACAUAAUUUUCUAACUCACACUUUUACAGAAUAUUCUAUAUAUGAGUUUUCUCCUUUUAGUUUUUCAAUUUUAAAAAUCUCCUGAUGUCACAACGUCGAGCCUAACAGCUUUCACCCUGGCCAGGUGUUUUGGUAGGCACACUGAUGAACCAGUGGGACUUUGGUGCAUAGUGAGCCAAAAAUAAUAAUCAUUGUCAGCAACGUGAGGUGAAUCCUAUUGGGAAAGGCACUAUGACAAUGACUUACAGUGUUAAACACCAGCUGCAUGUGUUGUUUACACAGCGUCAUUAUCUUAAUUAAACUGAGAAAUAUCUUCCUGUUCAUGCCACGUAUCUCUUGUUUAUUUCUUAAUUUGUGUCCAUUCACCUUUAUAUUAAUCUAUGUUGUGUUUCUAUGCUUUUUAUAAUUUCUCUAUUUAUGUUUAUGUUUAUGAUUCUGUCAUUAAUUCAUUUCUGUGAUUUACUGAUUUUGUCCUCCAUGCACAUCCCUAUCUAUUCAGUUCUUUUGGAAAUGUAUGAUAAU